AUGCCAUAUAAGUGCUAUGUUGAUGGAUGCCGUAGUAAGGACGGGGUUGUUGGUUCAACUACGAAAUUAUUUAGGUUUGAUAUUUCAUUGUUAGCAGAACAGUACAAUAAAUUAGAUUUUAAUAGCAUCACUGAAAAUAUAUUAUACUACAUAUGUGGAAAUAUUGUUAAAAAACUAAUCCCAACUUUAAAAUGUGAUGGUUGUAUUGAAGCCAUUACAGAACCAUUCAUUGAAAAUGACCACGUUUAUCAAAAUAAUACCACACCAAAAAAUUUUACAAUUAUGAAAAACAGAGGUGAUUUGAAGUAUGCUUCUGAUGGGGUGUACAAAAUUGUUAAAUUGACAGAAACAUUAUUUAAAACCAUUAUGGUGGAUAAAAAACAAAUGUUUAUUAAAAAUAUGGAUUUAAAAAUUAUGAUAAGUGUACAAAACUCAUUAGCGACAAACGCUAUACUAUUUCCAGAAUGUGAUACUUGCUGGAAUUCAACAGAUUUAUUGGCAAGACCUCACAAAAUUGACAUUAUAAACAAAGUAACCAGAACCUACCUUAAUGUGAGAUUAUAUUCUUAUAGUAAUAUAACAUCCUCGAUUAUGAAAACUGCUAGUAAACGACAGAAACUCAGUAAAACCAUUUUAUUUUAUAACAUGAAAAAAUUGUUAACCUAUCAGAAUAAACUAUGUUAA